GGUGAUUUGGACGAAAGUGCUCCGUGCCAUGGCGUCAGUGCGUGUGGCUGUUCGUGUUCGACCGUUGAUCAAAAGAGAAAAGGAAAUGUCUGCGACGGUCAUUAUCCACAUAGAGGGGAGCACCACUUCUAUAGACUGCAACAAAAAGCACAUAUCCAAAUGCAUCCCUGGCACUGGGCUGAAGGACAGAGGCAGACAUUCAUUCUCCUAUGAUUUCUCCUACGAUUCUACUGAUGUCGGAAGCCCCAACUUUGUGCCUCAGGAGAAGGUGUUUAAAGACUUGGGCUGUGAUGUCCUGGAGGCAGCGUUUGGUGGUUACAAUGCCUGUGUGUUCGCCUAUGGACAGACGGGAUCAGGGAAGUCUUAUACCAUGAUGGGAAGCCCAGGAGAUAUAGGUCUGAUUCCACGGAUCUGUGAAGGCCUGUUCUGUCAGAUAUCAGAGAAGAGCCAGGGGGAUGGGGCCUCCUUCCGCACAGAGGUCAGUUACCUGGAGAUCUAUAACGAGCGUGUGCAAGACCUUCUCACGACUAAGAAGAGCCCAGAGAACGGGUCAGGACUCAAGGUCAGAGAACACCCCAAGGAUGGGCCGUAUGUGGAGGACCUGUCGAAGCACCUGGUUCAGAACUACAGGGAUAUAGAGAAGCUGUUGCAUGCUGGGAACGCCAAACGCACCACGGCGAGCACAGGCAUGAACGAUGUUAGCAGCCGCUCACACGCCAUCUUCACCAUCAACUUCACACAGGCUCGUUUUGAUGCAGAGCUGCCGUGUGAGACGGUGAGUAAGAUCCACCUGGUAGACUUGGCGGGCAGUGAGAGGGCUGAUGCCACUUGCGCCACCGGUGCCAGGCUGAAGGAAGGAGCAAACAUCAACAAGUCCCUGGUCACACUGGGCAUUGUCAUCUCUGCUCUGGGAGGAGAUGGAGGAAGAGGAGGGGGCUCCCACAAGGGGAAAAGGAAGAAGCAGCUCUUCAUCCCAUACAGAGAUUCGGUUCUGACCUGGCUCCUGAAAGACAGCCUGGGAGGAAACUCCAAGACCAUCAUGAUAGCAACUCUUUCUCCCGCUGAUGUGAACUACAGUGAGACACUGAGCACACUGCGCUACGCUAACCGAGCUAAAAACAUAGUCAACAAGCCCACAGUCAACGAGGACAGCAGUGUUACAGUCAUCAGAAAACUGCAGGAGGAGAUCGUCAGACUGAAAGGACUAGUGGAGAAGAACAACCUGGCUCCCCUUUCUCCUCAGGAUCUCUCCAAGACUCUGAAGGUUGAGGAGAAACUUCACAAGAAUGAGGCCAAGGUGUUAGAACUGACCAGGGAGUGGACCAACAAGUGGGGGGAGACCCAGAACAUUCUCAAGGAAGAGACUGUAGCUCUGAGGAAGGACGGUAUUGGCGUGGUCUUGGACUCCAAACUACCUCACCUAAUCGGCAUCAAUGAGGAUCUUCUCAGCACUGGCAUCAUUCUCUAUCAUUUAAAAGAGGGCAGGACGCUGGUGGGUCGAGACAAGGCGUCAUUCAAUCAGGAUAUUGUGCUCCAUGGUGCUGGUCUGCUGGAGGAACACUGUGUGUUUGAGAACCGUGACGGAGUUGUUACUCUGAUCCCCCAGAUGGGGGCGCUGUGCUCUGUCAACAGACUGGAGAUGACCAAGCCUUGUCAGCUGACACAGGGUACAGUAAUCCAGCUAGGGAGAGGGACUAUAUUCCGUUUCAACCAUCCUAAAGAGGCUGCCCAGCUCAGAGAGCAACGCAAGAGUGGCCUUCUCUCCAGCUUUUCCUUGACCGACCUCUCCAGGCUUUUCCAUCCCGGGAUGGAUGUUUUUGCUGUAGCAGGAGAGAAUGGAGAGUCUAGACAACAGAGGAGCUCUGUGCUUUCUCCUCGACUACGGACCUGUACGGUUAUGACAGAGGCCACGUCUAUGGAGGCCCCUGACUCUCGUCAUCCUUCAGCGUGUUAUGCUGCCGGAGCCGGAGCCCCUCAGCAUCUGCAGGCCAGGCUAAACAGGUGGAGCUUCGGUGAGGCUGAGGGCCGUCAGGGGCCCAGCAGUACUGCUGAUAGAGAGAGCCAGAGCAGGCUGCAGGAGAAGAGGACUCCUACUAACGCUCCCACUCUCACUUCCGACCCCACUCUCACUCCCACAGCCUUGGAACGGGACAGCCUGCAGCAGGGAUCGGAAGGAGAGGUGGAGGAGGUUGAAGAGUGGGACUCGUGUCAUCAAUUAGGGUCUGGGGUGGGGGUGUCUGAUAGGCAGAUGGAGGGAGCGCUACCUCUGCGUAGAGCGAGGGAAGAGGGAGGACUCUAUUGGGGUGAGGAGGCCUGGUCUGGGCCUUGGGACAGAGACGAGGAAAGGAACUGGGCCCUCCAGCAGACACCUGUCCUCCUGGUCCAGCAGGCUGAUGUAUGUACUGUUGGGCCAGAGGGUCUACCGGAGCCUGCUAACAAGAGCCCAGGUGUCCUGUCAGGCCUACCUGAUGGCUGCAGGGGCCUGGGAGGGGACCUGUCCAGGGCCGGAGCCCGCUACGGUGGCCCUGCAGGGACCUCAUUAGGCACUGCUGUAUCCUACCUGCAUAGAGGAGACGGAGGAGGAAUAGACGGAAGGACGGAGGAACGAACGCACCAUGCCCACCUCCCACAGGCCAGCAGCAGCUCAACAUACACACAGACCUCUCCCUCUCAGUUUGACACACACACUGCCUCUCUGUCUCAGAUUGACACACACACUGACAGCCAGGCAACACACACUGCCUCUCGGCAGGACAGACACAGACGUAGCCAGGCGGUACGCGGCCUACCGCUAGAGGCUUUGGAGGGUCAGUUCAGUCGUGUCAUGAUGGAUCGAUCCAGGACGACAGUGCAGGGCCACUGGGAGAAUGACAAGGAGGAUGAGGCUGGGGCUAGGAGGGAAGGGGAGGUGGAGCAGGCCUUCAGGCUGGGCGCUCUGGUUAGCAGGGUGUUUAGGGAGGAGGAGGUGGAGCAGGAGGGGGAGCAGCAGUUCUCUGUCUCUGGGCUAGGCGCUCUGGUUAGAAGGGUAUGCCAGAUCUCUGGGCUUGGAAGGGAGCAGGACCUAGACUCUCUGGGGGAAGAGGUCUCUGGGAUGGGUUCUCUGGUCAGCAGGGGGGUCUCCUGGAUGUUUCCGGACGCGGGGCGUCUCCUUCGCAGCUCCACCCCCAGGGUCCUGCAGCAGGUCUGGGACGGUACAGGAGUUCUGCAGCCCACAGCUGGGGAAGGGGCUGGGAGUCUGCAGCCUGGAGCCGGGGGAGGAGCCAGCUCCAACUGGUCCAGUCAGGUUGUCUCCAUUGUGAGGGAGAGUCAGGUGCUGUCGGUGGUCAAAGACAGCCAGGUCUUCUCAUUGGUCAGAGAGAGUCAUGUGUACUCCCUGGUCCGAGACAGUCAGGUGUUCUCUAUGGUCAGUGAGCUGCCAUUGGUGCAUCACAUCAGCACAGCGCUAACUCAAGACUUCGGGAGCAUUCACAAUGAGCUCACUCAGGAUCGUCAGCCAGUGGAGUCAACUGGACUCCAGCAGAGAGCUAUUGACCUCAACACAACACCAGAAAUAAACCUGCCCCUAGUCCACAACACUGUUCUCAGCACAGCACCGAGCCUGUACCCAGCCCACAACACCAUCGAGUUUGCACAUAAACGGAACACAGGUAAAGAAGUGGAUUGGAGAACAAAGGAACAGAGUCCCAUCAGAGAACUGGUGUGUACAUCGGAGCAGGAGGGCAGGGAGGAAGCUCUAGCUAAGUCAGAGGAACAGAGUCCCAUCAGAGAACUAGAGUGUACAUCGGAGCAGGAGGGCAGAGAGGAAGCUCUAGCUAAGUCAGAGGAACAGAGUCCCAUCAGAGAACUAGAGUGUACAUCGGAGCAGGAGGGAAGAGAGGAAGCUCUAGCUAAGUCAGAGGAACAGAGUUCCAUCAGAGAACUGGAGUGUACAUCGGAGCAGGAGGGCAGAGAGGAAGCUCUAGCUAAGUUGGAGGAACAGAGUCCCAUCAGAGAACUGGAGUGUACAUCGGAGCAGGAGGGCAGAGAGGAAGCUCUAGCUAAGUCAGAGGAACAGAGUUCCAUCAGAGAACUGGAGUGUACAUCGGAGCAGGAGGGCAGAGAAGAAGCUCUAGCUAAGUUGGAGGAACAGAGUCCCAUCAGAGAACUGGUGUGUACAUCUGAGCAGGAGGGCAGAGAGGAAGCUCUAGCUAAGUCAGAGGAACAGAGUCCCAUCAGAGAACUGGUGUGUACAUCGGAGCAGGAGGGCAGAGAGGAAGCUCUAGCUAAGUCAGAGGAACAGAGUCCCAUCAGAGAACUAGAGUGUACAUCGGAGCAGGAGGGCAGAGAGGAAGCUCUAGCUAAGUCAGAGGAACAGAGUCCCAUCAGAGAACUGGUGUGUACAUCGGAGCAGGAGGGCAGAGAGGAAGCUCUAGCUAAGUCAGAGGAACAGAGUCCCAUCAGAGAACUGGUGUGUACAUCGGAGCAGGAGGGCAGAGAGGAAGCUCUAGCUAAGUCAGAGGAACAGAGUCCCAUCAGAGAACUGGUGUGUACAUCGGAGCAGGAGGGCAGAGAGGAAGCUCUAGCUAAGUCAGAGGAACAGAGUCCCAUCAGAGAACUAGAGUGUACAUCGGAGCAGGAGGGCAGAGAGGAAGCUCUAGCUAAGUCAGAGGAACAGAGUCCCAUCAGAGAACUGGUGUGUACAUCGGAGCAGGAGGGCAGAGAGGAAGCUCUAGCUAAGUCAGAGGAACAGAGUCCCAUCAGAGAACUGGUGUGUACAUCGGAGCAGGAGGGCAGAGAGGAAGCUCUAGCUAAGUCAGAGGAACAGAGUCCCAUCAGAGAACUGGUGUGUACAUCGGAGCAGGAGGGCAGAGAGGAAGCUCUAGCUAAGUCAGAGGAACAGAGUCCCAUCAGAGAACUGGUGUGUACAUCGGAGCAGGAGGGCAGAGAGGAAGUUCUAGCUAAGUCAGAGGAACAGAGUUCCAUCAGAGAACUGGUGUGUACAUCGGAGCAGGAGGGCAGAGAGGAAGUUCUAGCUAAGUCAGAGGAACAGAGUUCCAUCAGAGAACUGGAGUGUACAUUGGAGCAGGAGGGCAGAGGGGAAGCUCUAGCUAAGUUGGAGGAACAGAGUCCCAUCAGAGAACUGGUGUGUACAUCUGAGCAGGAGGGCAGAGAGGAAGCUCUAGCUAAGUCAGAGGAACAGAGUCCCAUCAGAGAACUGGUGUGUACAUCUGAGCAGGAGGGCAGAGAGGAAGCUCUAGCUAAGUCAGAGGAACAGAGUCCCAUCAGAGAACUGGUGUGUACAUCGGAGCAGGAGGGCAGAGAGGAAGCUCUAGCUAAGUCAGAGGAACAGAGUCCCAUCAGAGAACUUGUGUGUACAUCAGAGCAGGAGGGCAGAGAGGAAGCUCUAGCUAAGUUGGAGGAACAGAGUCCCAUCAGAGAACUGGUGUGUACAUCUGAGCAGGAGGGCAGAGAGGAAGCUCUAGCUAAGUCAGAGGAACAGAGUCCCAUCAGAGAACUGGUGUGUACAUCUGAGCAGGAGGGCAGAGAUGAAGCUCUAGCUAAGUCAGAGGAACAGAGUCCCAUCAGAGAACUGGUGUGUACAUCUGAGCAGGAGGGCAGAGAGGAAGCUCUAGCUAAGUCAGAGGAACAGAGUCCCAUCAGAGAACUGGUGUGUACAUCGGAGCAGGAGGGCAGAGAGGAAGCUCUAGCUAAGUCAGAGGAACAGAGUCCCAUCAGAGAACUGGUGUGUACAUCGGAGCAGGAGGGCAGAGAGGAAGCUCUAGCUAAGUCAGAGGAACAGAGUCCCAUCAGAGAACUGGAGUGUACAUCUGAGCAGGAGGGCAGAGAGGAAGCUCUAGCUAAGUCAGAGGAACAGAGUCCCAUCAGAGAACUAGAGUGUACAUCGGAGCAGGAGGGCAGAGAGGAAGCUCUAGCUAAGUCAGAGGAACAGAGUUCCAUCAGAGAACUGGAGUGUACAUCGGAGCAGGAGGGCAGAGAGGAAGCUCUAGCUAAGUCAGAGGAACAGAGUUCCAUCAGAGAACUGGUGUGUACAUCGGAGCAGGAGGGCAGGGAGGAAGCUCUAGCUAAGUCGGAGGCACAGAGUAUAACCAAGGAGGAACUGUGGCCAUCAAAGGACCAGAUCAAGAUCGCGGAGGACCCACGGUGUGUCACUUGUGGAGCCAAGAGCACCAAGUCACAGCCCCCUCCAGAGCAGGGGGACAACACCAGGUCCACAGGCCCAGAGAAGAGCUCUAUUCCUGUGCAGGGGAAUCGGAGGACUGAUGGUGUUCAGGUGUAUUAUGGGAGCCUGGUGGAGUUCCCAGGGGCUCUGGUUAAACUCCAGUCCCUUCACGUAUCCACCCUUCUGGGCUGUCUCCAGUCCGUCCUCCCCUCAGUCUUCACAUCUCGGAGACUACUGGCUCUGUACUGGCUGGGCGUGGCUAACUGCAGCCAGCCCCGCCCACACAUCGCCCUCGUUCUCCUAUUGGAGUCCUGCCUCUACGCCCUGACCUUUGACCCUGACACGCCCGAUCAGACCACAUCUCUGACAGUGUUCCACCACCUCAUCCUGCUACAAGUUAAGGAGAUCCGGGUGGGUUUCUGCGGUCAGAGCCUGCAUCUCAAGGCCUCCAGUGAGGAGAGCGUCCUCACCCUCUACACCCACAGCCAGACCCUCACCCAGGCCCUCACCCACACCCUGCUUGGUGUCCUCUGUCCCGGGGACCAGCGAGUGUCCCAACACCCCCUCCUGGUGGAGGACCUGAUGGUUCUGUCUCUGGACUGGAAGGCCCAGGCACCUGACCUGCUGCUGAAUGCUGAACUCAGGCUGUCUGGCCAGUUCCACCAGACCCUAGCUGACCUGGUCUACCUCGUUCACGGCAACAUGAACAGAGAGAAGCCUCAUCUAGGAGAGGUCAGGCUGCUGCUUUACACCAGCGUUGGUGUGACAACGACCCCUGACCCCAGACCUGACCCCUCGGCCCAGCUCCUCCUCACUGACACACACCUGGGACUGGUGCAGGAGGAUGCAGUAUUCCACUCCGCCCCGCGCCACGUCCCCCUGCUUUCCCGCAAGGCCCAGUUCAAGGGGGUGACCCUCCGUUGCCGCUCUGACGUCCGCUGUGUGAUAGUCCGAGACGGGGUUGGGAGCUCGACCGGUGUGGGUGGAGAUGGACCCGGGGAUGAAGGUGGGGCAACCAGGCUGGACAUCAUCCUGUCUCAGGACUGGAGGACCAGGGGAGAGAGGGGGGACAAGCCUAGAGGUCACCCUGAAAGAGGUGCUGUUGCUGGAGCUGAUGGAAGUGAGGUAGGGGGGGUAGCUGGAGCUGGUGUCCCAUCUGCUGGCUCUAAUUCAUGUCCUCCUCCGCAGCAGGCUGAAGUAUGGAAAUUACAUUUCAGCUGCUCCUCCGAGGCCGCCUGUCUGAUUAAUCACUUGUCAAACGUCUGAAUGGUCACUGAUCAAGGACUAGAGGACUGGACACACUGUAAUGAACUAUAGCUUAGACAGGACCGGUCAGAACUGGUACCUAUCUCUCAUCGAGAGGAUGGCAAGGUGUGUUUGCUCACUGAGUGGCAGUCAAGGGUCCAGUGUAUCUCAAACAAACAAGAUGGAGAAUAUCGCUACCAUUAAACUAUUUAGGGCCAGUUUCCCGAACACAGACUAAGCCUAGUCAUGGACUUAAAAGCAGGCUCAAAAGACAAUCUCCUUAUACCUUCUAGUCCAUAGAGUAUAGUAAUAUAUUGAUGAUGUGUUUAAAGUUUUGGUGAAUGUUUCCAUGCACAUAUUUCUAUGCAAUUUCUAAAUCAAAUUUUCCACUUACUUUCACAUUCAUUUAAAGAGACUCAGCGACAUGACGUAGAUGCAGAAAGUAAACAGCAUAGUGGGUCAAUUUCCGCAACAACUAAGAGCGUUGAAGCGCGAGGCU